AUGUCUUCCAACGAUAACAAGGACAACCCUUCCUUCUUCGGCGGCCUCGGUAGCAUGGUUGGCAAGACUGCCGAUGGCGUCGGCAAGACGGUCGGCGGGACCGUGGGCGGGCUGGGUAACACGGCCGGCACGGCGGCGCAGGGUAUGGGCCAGACAGUUAGCGGGGUGACCGAAGGACUCGGCAAUGCCACCAAGGGCCUGGGACAAUCAGUAAACAAUGCCGUCGGGUCUGGGCAGAAGAAAACCGGCGACGGGUCGAGUGAACAGGCUUGA